CAGCCUCGCCUACAGCACAUCCCCUCGCUCAUGGUACCACCUCCAGCAAGCCUUCCUGGAGGGCUCAACCGCCCGUCACUGUGUGCAGCCCCCUGCCUACCUCCUGCUCCAUCUUGCUCCCACCGCGCCUGAACGUGGCACCUGGGAGCUGGUGGUGGCAUGCAGUUGGGCGCUACAGACAGGAAGAACUGUGACAGCCCAGUGAGAGGGGCCCCUGCUCUUCCUCCUGCAGUGAGCAUGGUUGGGCUCCUGGGGCUCCUGCUGUUCCCCUUGCUCCAGGCCACUGGAGAGGUGUGGCAGUCCCCCCGCAAAACGAUCGCUUUAGAGGGGGACUCCGUCAACAUCACCUGCUCCACCCUGGGGACACUGCAUGGCAUCUACCUGAAAAAAACGUGGCCGAGCAACAGCGAUGUGAUUUACUAUGAAGAUGGGUUGGAGCCCACCGUGGACCCGUGGUUCCAGGGCCGCAUUGCCUACUCAGGGCUGCAAAGCAACCUGACCAUCAGCUUGUACCACCUGCAGUUGGCCGACAGCGGUGGCUACACCUGCGUGGCCAUCGUGGAUGAUAAGAUCUCUGGUCCCGGCACCUUGGUCAUGGUGACAGACCAACUGCCCCAGGCAGCGAACACGUGCCAGGAGUCUUGGCCAAUACACUUUGCCCUCCCCACGGCCCUGGCUGUGGGCUUCUUCCUCAUCGGGCUGGGACUGGGAGCAGUGUGUGUGCUGAAAAGAACACAGGUCAGUAUGGACCCUUGGGUGUCACCAGUGUCCCUAGAAGCCCACUCCUCUCAGAGAGCAUGACGGGAAGGAGAGUGGAUCCAGAAACUCUGCUGUGCGAAGGAUAAGAGCCCAGUGUUCGUGAUCUAUGAGGACAUGUCCCACAGCCGCUGUAACACCAUGUCCAUCCCCAACCAGUACCAGUGAGCCCGGCAGGACCCCAGGCCUCCCUCUGUCCAGCAGAGCUCUGGGCCGACCAUCCACCCAGAACGAACACACAGGCAGCUCCCCACAGCAGUCAGGCUCCCACAGCCUCCUCCAGGAAGCCCUCCUUGCCUGCCUCCCACCCUUCUGGCUGCUCCUGGCACCUUGGAACCACUGGGAAGGAAACUUCUCUGUCCCACGGCUACCCUGGCCUUUGCAUGGCAAAAGAGACUGCUCUGAAGGAUGGACUUGCCUUGGGGCAGUGGUCAACUGGGGGGCUGGGAGCUGAACUCUGACCCCAGUCAAGCCUUGCCAGAAAUAAAGGACUUCUCUUCUCCCCUUUC